AAAAGCGUCGAUGAAAACAAUUUGACAGUUCAAAUUCACUACAUUUUUACACUUUUCGUACUUCUUUAAAAAAAAUAAUAAUCAUAAAUUAAAGGACCAGUAGUAUUCAUAAAAAUGGCAGACACGGAUGAAGAUAAUCUUGUUGACUGUUCGUUGCAUAAAUGCAUUUUCGAGGAUGACUAUCGGAAACUGAGUCUAUUAAUUCGUACACAUAAUGUUGCCCAAAAGGAUAAACAUGGAAAUACCGCACUUCAUUUAUCUGUUAUGCUUGGUCGCAAAGUGUGUACACAUCUAUUAUUGGCACAUGGAGCUCCUGUAAAAGUAAAAAAUCUGAAUGGAUGGUCCCCUUUAGCGGAAGCAAUCUCCUACGGAGAUAGACAGACAAUUUGUUCUCUGUUAAAAAAAUUGAAACAACAAGCCAAAGAGCAAAUUGAAGAAAGAAGACCAAACUUAGUGAAGGCUUUGAAGCAAAUGGGAGAUUUUUAUAUGGAAUUGAAAUGGGACUUUCAAUCUUGGGUACCGCUCGUGUCACGCAUUCUGCCAUCAGAUAUAUGUAAAAUUCAUAAAUGUGGAUCAUCAAUUCGACUUGAUACGACGUUGGUUGAUUUCUCUGAUAUGCGAUGGGAACGCGGUGACAUAUCAUUUAUUUUUCGGGGUGACAACAAUCCACGUGAAUCUCUUACCGUUCUAGAUAAUGAAUUUCAAUGCUACCAACGAGUUCGUUACGAAGAGACUGACACUGAAAUCGAGGAUGAAGUUGAUAUCCUCAUGUCCAGCGACAUUCUGGCCGCUCAAAUGUCAACAAAAAGUAUAAAUUUUGUUAGAGCUCAAAGCGGUUGGAUUUUCCGAGAAGAUAAAAAGGAAUUGGUUGCUGGUCAAUACAAUUGCGAUUUAUAUUCGAUCAAUGGACUGGUUUUGGAGUCACGAAAACGACGUGAGCAUCUAUCGCGAGAUGAUUUACAAAAAAACAAAGCCAUUAUGGAAUCGUUGAAAGGCGGCAACCACGCGCCAAGCCUAGAUCAAAAUGGAGAAAUUUUGCGUCGUGAAUCGCUUACUCCUCCAGCUGAGAGUAAUAUCACUUGGGAAGACUAUAUAAAUGCAGAACCCGGAGAAUAUCCUUGCCUUGGACGGCAAUUAGUUUAUAAGGAAUCAAGUAAGACAUUUCGAGCAACAGUAGCAAUGAGCAAAGAAUUUCCACUGACUGUGGAAAUGUUGCUUAAUGUUUUAGAAGUUAUUGCGCCAUUUAAACAUUUCACAAAACUUCGUGAAUUCGUGACAUUGAAAUUACCAAAUGGUUUCCCCGUCAAAAUUGAUAUCCCCAUUUUACCAACAGUUUCAGCGAAAAUAACUUUUUCACAGUUUGAGUUCCGAAACAACAUAUCGCCAGAAUUGUUUGAAAUUCCGAAAAAUUACACAGAAGACAGUAUGCGGUUUCCUGACUUAUGACGUAUUGAAAUUAUUUAUAUUUUAAACACCGAACAUUUGUUGUUCGGCAAUAGUUUAAUCACCGUACAAUUUCCAUUUAUCUAAGAUCUAAGACAUAAAUAUCUCCAUAAAUAUGAAGCGAAUGGUGUGUGAUUUAAAAACUAUUAAAGUUAUAUUUAAAUUUCCAUUCCUUCGCGAGCAGUAAAACGACAUUCUUCAUUUGGUUAACGAGUUUAUUUGGUGUGCUUAUUCAUUGUGCACACUUCUGUUAGUAUUCAUUUUCAAUAGCUUGGCUUCAUUUAUGUUUGUAUGCUAUGAACGGAAAGAAGAAUUUCAAUUCUUAGAGAACGAUUUUAUCUGUAAAAAAAAAAACAAUAAACAACAAUAAACAAUAUAUAGAA